AUGACUGCAGAAAUCGCUACAUCUCAUAUGGCAUUAGAAUCGGGGCCGGGCGCCUUGUGGCUAGAAGAAGACGAGCUUACGUUUCCGUCAUAUCCCAGACGAUUCUACUCAAAUCCGGAACUUGCGGAUCUCAAUAACUGCACAUCCAUGUCGAACGCCCCCUCUGAGAUCGAGUCCUUGCUGGACAAAGACGACUCGCUCAGCACAAACACUGAUUUUUGGCGCGAAGUUCCCGUUUCAUGCGAGCACGACGAGCCAGUGGCCCCUCAGAACUCGGCUCUCGACCUUUCACACAAUGACUUCGACCUGGAGUCGCCAUUGAAAUCACCAGUAGUAUCGUCAGCAGCUUCUGCCGAGCCUCGUUUGGAGGAUUUUUUUCAGGAUUUAGAAACCACCAAUCCCGCAUCGCAACAAACGCUCUUCCAAUCAGAUUUUCAAUUCAAAAGGCUGUGUUUUCGCGACGCAGACGGAAAGCUGGCGCUUACAGAUGCACAAUCGUCCUACCACAUCAGCAAACCGAUGCACAAAAACGUUACUUACAACACCAGCAAAGGGCUUUUGAAAAGAGCUCUUCGCCGUAAGAGUGGCUUCUGGGAAAUGGCAAGCCCCAGCUUUGCCGUUGCAGAGUUUAUGUUAAUGUAA